CAAGACUUUGAGAGAAGAGUUAACGUAAUGUUCUGUUCUGUAACAGAGGACUUUGGUUACCUAUAUAAAGCUCUUACUUGCUGUUUCAAUUUUCUCAACUAAGUUUAUUGAAAAUCAAAUUCAUUUUUUUUUCUCUUUGUAUUUGCAAUGGUGAUGAUGAAUAAGCUGUUGUCGCAUCGUUUGUUCAAUAUGUCAAAAAUUGCGUCGCAGGGUUUAAUGAACUGUCGUAUCUCGUCUUCUUCGUUAGCCGUGCGAACUAGGGUUCCUAAUAAUCUAGGAGAAGCCACGAUUGAUCCGGAGCCUGGUGAUUUGACGAUUUCUCGGAGGUUUUUGCACAAAGACUCCAUGAGUCGGGCGGAUGGUACUAUGAAGAUGUCGAUUGGGGAGGGUUUGAUUGAGAAGCUUCGAGAAAUGGAUGUGAACAAGGACCGGAUUCGAUUAGACGGGCUUUCUCAUCAUCGGAUGAUGGAGAAGGAGAAGGAGGAGACUGAGUCGUUGGGGCUUACGGUGCAAGACGUUAAGAAGUUGCUAAGAGCGUCACAGAUCGAAGUUGUUAAAACGAAGCUGUUGGAGACCGGGAAAAUCUGGAUUCGUUACUCUGAUUUCGUACGUGUUUGUAGUGAUUCUUCGUUGGAUCCUUCUCAAGGACCUUGGAUCGCUAAGAUGCUUGACGAUUCUGGAAACGUAAUCGUUUUGGGUGAUUCUGUUUGUUUAAGACCUGAUCAGGUAACCAAGUCCAUCGAGGGCCUGCUUCCUUUACCACAGAUCCGUAACCCAAAUGACCCAAGAAGAAAGGAACUAAAAGAGCUUGAAGCCAUAAAGACGGUCAUAGACGAGAAAGCACAUUCUUUGGUGAGAAGAGAGCUGUGGGCUGGUCUAGGUUACUUGAUCAUCCAGACCGCAGGGUUCAUGAGGCUAACGUUCUGGGAUCUCACAUGGGAUGUUAUGGAGCCAAUCUGUUUCUAUGUCACAUCGGUAUAUUUCAUGGCGGGUUACACUUUUUUCCUCAGGACAUCGAGGGAGCCUUCCUUUGAAGGGUUUUACCAAAGCAGGUUUGAGGCUAGACAGAGGAAACUGAUGAAAACUCAGGAUUUUGAUGUUGGGAGGUACGAUGAGCUGAAGAAGCUGUUUAAUCCCAAACCUUCUGCUGCUGUUCCCAAGAUUCUUGGAACUCUGCAGAAUUGAUUUUUUGGUGUUUCCUUAUCCUACCUAACCUGAGAAAGAUAAAACUGACCCCCCAAAAUUGUGUACAACAAUAAUUUUGAUAACUACAAAAUCUUUCUAGGGACAGUAAACAAACAAAAAAAGAGAAUAAGACAGAGAAAAAAAGGGUUCUAGUAGUGCGGCUUAUGUAAUUUCGAAGAGUAGAUAAAAAGAAUCAUUUGUAAUGAUAUACUGUGAUAAACUUCUAUCAUAUAUAUAUCAAACCCCCUUAUGUAUAAAUUAUGUAUUCAGUC